GCCACACACAGCAUGGCGGUGCGGCCCUGUCGUGCGCCGCGCGGCCGUCAAGCAGGAGUGGCCGUAAACGUAACCGCGAUGUCGCGACGGCGGGCGGUGGCGGCGGGACGAGGCGGCGGCGGGCGGGGCAUAAUAAAGCAGUGAAGAGAAACUGAAGGAAGGAAGUAUUACAUGCCUUACUGAUCAGAAAACUUUCUGAAGUAUUUGGACAAACUACAUAUAUAUGUAGUAAAAUCUAUAAAGGUUGAAAGUGUAUAGAGAGCAUGGGUUAUGAUAUUGAGCGUUUCGUUGGCUACGUUAAUGAAGGGCUAUUAUGCUCCAUCUGCCGUGAUGUGUUAGAAGAUCCAUUACAGGCUCCUUGUGAACACGCUUUCUGUACUGCUUGUAUACAUGGAUGGCUUGUUCAUCACAGUAACUGCCCUGAAGACAGACAAAUGAUUGAUGUAUCUUUGCUACGACCUCUCUACAGAUAUAUGAAAAAUGAUUUAAACCGUCUUCAGCUACAUUGCAAAAACAGCGAGUAUGGCUGUGAAAUGGUUUGUUCUCUGGAGUCUAUAGACAGGCAUGAAAGGGAGUGUGAAUACAGUCAGAUACCUUGCUCCAAUGCCGGUUGUACAGUUCAGAUUGAGCGACGCAACUUAGAUGGUCACCUGGCAGUGUGUGAAUACCGGAGCCGUGAAUGCCCCAACGGUUGUGGUUACACCAUUCUCAGUGCAGAAGACACACAGCAUAAUUGUGUAGCAGAGCUAAGAACCGAGCUAGAACUACUUCGGUCAGAAAUGAUCUGCAGAGUGGAGGAAGCAAAACAUGAGAUGGAGUCAAGGUUAGAUUCACAGAGAAGGCAUAUGGUCCAAAAAGAGAGUAUUCUGCAAAAUGAAAUUGAAGAACUAAAGAGUCAGAUGUCACGAAUGAUGUCAGACGUACGCUCUCUGAUGGCUGCAGAGAGACAGCACCGGCAAGAGCUGGAGCAGGCAGAGCUGGAAAAACGGGAAUUAAUGGAGCUGCUGAGGGGGCUGCAGAAGGACUGUCGAUUAACUACUACAGAAGGAAGCAGGAAGUCAACAAAUUUCCGCCCUCUAGCACGACUUGAGAGUGUAAAACGAAAACCUAGGGAAGUUACAGUUAUUUAAACAGAAGUAAGCUCAAAAAGCGUUUUCUUCUGAUUUCUGUGACCACCUGGCAAACUUUUCUACUUUUUGUGAAUGAUUGAUAAACUGUAUGUAAUUUCUGAUUUACUUGUUUUCUUUUAAAACCUAGAUUACUACGUUAUUUCCUCUUAGGCCAUAAAAACAAAUGGGGGAAUUUUCUCUUAGGGAACACUGGGCAUUAAAAGCAGUAACUGGCAAGUACAUUUUUAGCUAAUGUUUUUAUAAAAAGGGGGAAGGAGGCUUGAUUAGUUAUCUCUUCAGUGCAUCAUUUAUAGGAGGCUUUCAGGCCUGAAAGCUAGAGGCUUUUAAACUCAAAGGUACUUAAGGGUUGUUUCCUUCCUGGUCAAUUGUAGUCCAUUUAAGUCUAGUUUAUGCUUAUACUUGAAACAGAAAGAAAAUGUGAUCAUCAGUAAUGACAUUUGGGAUGUACUUAAUUUUGGGAAAAGUCAGUAAUAGUAUUAGUAAGUCAGUAAUAAAAAUUAAUGGAUUUUGUUUGUUUAUGGUCUGUAGAAGGUCUAUUUCAAAGGUGGAAAGAAAGCACUUUAAAUAGCAAUUCUACUGCUAUGUAACAGCUUCAGGUGAGGUUGACUUUUACUUUAGAGCUUCUCUAAUUUCUCAGGCUGAUAACACACUUAAGAGACUAAUGCCAAAGCCCAAGGCAAUGGAGUCAUCUAAAACCUUUUAAAUAGACGUGUGAGUAACUUGGAGUUUGUGGGAGGGGGCCUGUGUUCUAUAGAAAAAAUUGAAGCUUUUAUAUGUGACAAUAUCAACUAUUUCUACAGGGUCCUUAAGCUUAAGACCAGCCUAUUCUAUAUGCUUAAGACCAGCAUAUAUAAAUAUCUUGAGUAUCCUUAAUUUUGUUUUGGCAGGUUUAAGGCUACUUGAACGUUAAUAUCCACAACAGAUGAAUAUUUGCACAGUCACUUGGACUUCGGACGUCUUUAUUAGUACUCAAGUUUGCAGCUGUGUAAAAGCUAGGAUUUUUUUAACAGACCCACAAAUACUGAAUCAAGGGGGCAUUUAUCUGUAAGGACUGCACGAGAAAUCUGUACAGUUCAAAGACUUUUCUCUCAACUUCUCGCACAGCCUGUUCAUGUUGUUUUCAGUGCUACAAUUAAGCCAUAAUCUGUCUCUCUGUUGCAGCUCUUCGGUGGAGUGUCUAGGGGAGAACCUGGCCUCCUGUUUACUGAAUGUGCUAAAUCAGUUUUGAACUUUCAGGAAAACCUGUGCAGGUGCAACAAUUUCAAUACGCUAAUUUUAUAGUUUAGAAAGCAAAUACAUUACUGUGCAUGCCUUGCUGUCACUCAGAGCAAUGUUUUUACGGCUAACAGCAUAACCAAAGAGAGAGGCAGCAACCUUCUUUAGCACAUCCACUACAUUAUGAAGACUUGCGGUCAGAGCUGUCUUAAUUUCAGGCGUCAAUAAAUCCUUCUAACUUGCUGUUUCUUUAGUACCACUGAAGCAGAUGUGCACAUGUUCAGGUCUUGAGCAUUUAAAAACUGACAGAAAUAACUCUUCUGUAAAAGGUUGGGGUUUUUUUCUGAAAGAAAACUUCCAUAGGAAGAGUUAUGUCCAAAUAUUUACUUGUUUUCAGUCCUUAUAUUCUAAAUUAAAUUGCAGUCAUUGACAGUAUUUAGGUCACUAUAGCAGUCUCGCCAGCUCGUGACAUAGCACAUCUCUUAAGCAGCCGCAUUUAACGAUCUGAAAUGGUAAAACAGUAGCUAUAAUUUGGAAAGACCUUCACUCAUACUAACCGUUCAGUGGUCAGUUCACAUACAUCAGUGUGCGUAUUAAAGCUGUAGGUAGAAAGUAAGAAUGCUUUUAUUAUCUUGUGUUUUAAAUAAGCAAGCUGUUGGUGUCUGUGGUCUCUGUGCCCAUUCACACUAAUUUUGAAGCUUCUCGGCAACACCAGAUUUCAUGCUAUUAGAAUCAGUCAGUGCUUUUCUGUGUGCUGUAGCCGUGUGGUUCUGUGACAUGACUUUAUCUACUUUGCUUAAUGUGAAAGAAGAAAAUUACUUCAAAAUCCUUUAGAACUCGGAUGAGCUGGAUCAUCUCUCCCACGUUGGAGGGCAGUAAUGAUCACCCAAUCUUCUGUUGGGACCACAGAAGAAAAAGCAAGGUAUUAGCUCUGUGCUUUCCCCAUAAUGGGAUCUCUGCAUUUGUUUGGUUUAGGAAUUUCACUUUCUUAUUUACGACUGAAUUCCUUCUAGUAUAGGAAACAGGGUUUAUUUAAUAUUUACUUAGCAUAUCAUCUGCUGGCUGUCCCCUGAGCGACAGGCAUGAAACUGUGUGAUAAAACGCAUCCUAGGUGGUAGGGAAGGACUUUCUGCUGUGCAAUCUGUGUAUCUUCCACUUGCUAGCUCUGGAGAGUCUGAACUUCCAGUGCUGAAAUGUGGCAAUGCUUUAGGUCCACCUGAUGGAAUGACCUGUCAGCUUGGCUUUGCUUUAGCACUUGCAGAGAUAUUUUAAAUGGGCACAUAGUAGCUAAUAGCAUCCGAUCCCUCCAGUUACUUUAAUUCCAUUCCCAUUCCUCUGUGUUGAUAACUGUUCUGCACUUAAGAUUUUCCUGUACUAACGGACAACUCACAGGGUGGCACAUACUGAAGUAUGGUCAUCAUUUUACCUGUCUUAUAAUUAACUAGGCUGAAAUUAAAUAGCCCAUUAUGUUAAUAUUUUAUCUGCUUUUAGCUUUUCCAGUCUCAGGCAUUACACAGCUCUUAAUAGCAGCUGGCAGAAGCAAGGGAUUUUUUUUUUCUUUCUUUCAAAUAGUCUGUUAAUCCUUUUUAUAAAAACUAAGGGUCCAAACAUUGUAGCAGACUUGGUGUAAGUGAAGACAUUCACUUGGAAGUGCUGCUUCCCUGGGCACGAUCUUAUUUUAGGAUGAUAGGAGAGACGCUGCUAGAAGUGCAUUAGGGGAGGGCUGCAGCACUGGGUUACUGGUGUUCAUAUUCUCACACUAAAUCACUCUUUAAUCAAUUCCGGUUCUUCACAAGUGGAACCGUGCUGAGAGCAAGCGGAAGCGUUACUCAAGUGGACCAGUAACUGUGCAAACAGUUGUAUUUUUUGUUGCUUCCAAUAGUGCUUUGCAGCUAGAAGAGGGAGAGCGAAGACCGUGGAGCCGGGAAAGGAGGAGUAAGGGCUGUCCCAUUGGCUUCCCUCAGCCCGAGCUGCGACGCAGCUGCACCAGUUGCCUGGCUUACCAGGGUAAACGGCCAGCUCGUGGCAUUACAAUUAGCACAGCAUUAGAAUUAAAAGGAGAUUAAAUCUUUAUCCACAAUUAAGUGGGUACGAAAUGUAACAGUACCAAACCUGGGAGAUUCGCAAACAACUCGGAGAGAGCAAGCUGUGAAAUAAAGCGAGGCUACAAGGUAUGACAAGGAGUGAGCAAAUCCUUAUCCUACAUCAAAUUGGGUGAAAAAGAAUAAGACUAAGGAUGUAUUCAAGGUAAUUAAUAUUUUAAAGGAAGUGGUUAAGUUUGUCUUUGAAAGAAAAUGAACAGUUACAUAUUUAUUCUGAAGACCCAAGAGGCCAAUUAUAAAAACAUGUAAACUAGUUCCCAUAAACUUACUUCUCCACUUGAGAGGUCAAAUUCAGGACAAAGCGUUGUUUCUUCUGUUUCCUUCAGCAUUAAAGCUGCGUUCCCUGUUCUCCUGCACUCCUCCCAAAGCAAAAAAUUGUCAGUGGUCAGGGCCAGUAUGGAACAUUACUGCCAGGAUUGCUUUACUUGGAGUGGGAAGAGUAAUUUUGGGGAGAAUUUCCGAUGGAACUGAGAACCGUGCAUCUGAGUCAGGGGCGGGAGUGGCAAGGAAGAAUUUUGCUGGACUUCCUAAUUAAGGUGGCAGUUUUUAGUUGGUAUGACUUCAGUAAUAGAUUAACAGUCUCAUAUGAGAUAAAUUAAUUUAGCAGCACACACAUACAGGAGUUUCUUGUCAGCACAGAAGGGAAUGGAAUUACACAGGCAAGCAAAAUAAUACCUAAUAUAGUGACGUAUUUUGACUGGCCAAAAGUGGUUUUAUCUCCAAUAUUCUUAGGUGGAUUUUAAGAAGUUUAACGUGUUAAUAGAUUAAUAGAUCCCAUGUGGCAAACAGUUCCUAAGACUCAUAGACUCAUAAAUUAAAUUUUCCGUGUGCUGUCCUCUUGGGCGUUUCUGGCACGGUGCUUUCCUACAGCCGUUCGACUCGGAAGUGCUGGAUGGAAUUUCAGAGGAGCAGUACCAGCCUUGCCUUUCUCCCGCACUGCUUCUCCGACCGAGUACGGUAGGUCAGGGAGAUUUUACCACGUCGAUAGAUGCCUUUCUAAAGACCUACAAUUCUAUGCAACUUUCUAUUAACAAAGAAACAUUGAACUGUCUUCCAGCGUUAUGGUUCACUGCCAAUCUAUUUACAUUUUCUACCUUUAUAUACACAAGAAGGAUAAAACAGUGCUUAACAGGUCUUAAUCUCUAGUCUGUAAAAGAAACAGUAACGCUAUUUGUAUCACUUUGAAGUACACUUUGUAUAAAAGUUGAACUAAUAAAGGGUCUAUACCAUAA